AUGUCUAGGGUAAUCGUUUUGUCGUCUUCAGGGUCAUCUUCUUCAAUGGCUUUCCUAUUUGGGAAUGGUUCUGGCCUUGUAAAGGACAUACCUCCACCAGAUAUGGAUUCUAGAAGGGGAAAAAGGCCCCGUGAUGUAGAUGACCUGACCUGUUGCUCAGUCGACCUGCCUAGUUGUGAUACAGAGUCCUACGCUAGAUCAAUAAAGGAAAAAUAUGGGAAUUACAAUAUCCCUGAGGUUCCUUUCGAGGAGACUCCGAAGGGCCCCACCUCGGCUAAAGAACAAAGGGAUAAUAUGGUUGCUGAGGCGAGGUCAGCAAACGAGAAUGUGAAGAAACUCUCUCUGCAAUUGAACAUUGCCGAGGAAAAAUGGGCUAAGGCUGUAGGGGAGGCAAUUCUUCUCAAAUACCAACUUGACGAAACAAACAUGAAAUGCGCUUAUCUUCUCAGCUUCGUAGAGAGUUACUUGGAUGGGUACCUUGCCUUUAAGACUCAAGCCAAAAAAAAUUACUCAAAGAAAAGCUACCCUACCCUGGACCUCGAUUCUUUUGAAAAGCCUUCAGACAAAGAAGAGGAAAGUAAUUGGAAGAAGAAUGACUCUACGAUGGUUGUUAUUGCUGAGGGUUUGGUGGCAAAGGAACUCGUGAAAGAGAAGAGUGUUGACCAACCCUUCGAGGUGUCAGAACAAACAGAGGACGGGGAUGUCCAGCUAUUUGAAGCAUAG